UUUGCAUUUACUCAUUAAUAAUCCAUUUGUCAACAAUACAAUCAGUCAUAUCAAUCAAAAUAUUUAUUUGCAAUCAUCAUCUAUUCAUUAGAUAAUGUUUACACCGACUUGGAUAUUAUCUCUAUCAUUGUACUUAUAUUACAUCAGUGAGUUCUGUUAUAAUGAAGUUCAGAGUCUCAAUAUUGAUCAAAAAAUAAAUGGCUAUCACCGAAUCGGGGAUAAACAAUACAAAAGAUCAUUGUAUGAUUCAGAUACUUAUCAAAUAGAUUCUAAACCAGAGUUGAAAGCGAAUCAUGGUCUAAAUUUUACUCAAAUUAUGUGUCGUAUAAAUCGUCCAAAACCAAACGCUGAAGUCUACUUAGUAUGUCCUGCUUUAGGCGAAGGCACAGUACAGGGAAAUUGUUAUCAAGGAUGUCAACCGACCAAUCCUUGCACACACUCAACACAGUACCAGUCUGGAUGUGUGCCUCAUGAUCAAACAGUAUUUUGUCAGAAAACCGAAUUUCCUAAUGGUACUGUGGUAUUGAAUUUAAAAGUGGAUCGGACUGAUAAACGACUGGCAGGUUUAUGGUCUUGUACACAUGCUGGUCUGGAAAGUACCAAGUUUGAGAUCGAAUUGAAAAGUUAUUCAAACAUGAAUGAAGUGAAUCCACUUUCAAAACCAUUAGUAAAACAAGAAAAACAUGAAUCACGUACAAAAAUUUUACAAAAUACACACUCUAAUCAAGAUAAUUUGGUCAAUAAUCGAUCAAUGUCUUAUAUGCGAAGACCGGAAAUAUUAUUUACUAUAUUGUCAAUAUUAAUUAUAUCGAUUCUUAUCAAUGUGGGAUUCUGCAUUCGAUGUUUAUUGUUUCGUUCAUAUAUCGAUGCAUCACAAGAAGGGUCAAGUAACACAAGUUGUCUAGCUGCUUGUCUCUGUUUGCCUAAUGAACUGAGAAAAGGUUCACUAAUUAUGACGACACCAAUUUUACCUCGAGCCACUACGACUCCUAAUAUGAACCAUAUGAGAAUAAAUGGCUCAGAUCAUGGAGUGCUUAAUUCGUCAUACAGUUUAUCUGCCAUACAAAAAAUGCCCUUACUCUACAAUGGUGCAUCAUAUAAGGAAAAUUUACCUGCAAACUACAUUCCAACAAAUUCCUUACCAGGUACUUUCAGAAAGUGUGGAAUGCAGAACCUGAGAAACAACAGCAUACCACAACAACAGUAUGGUGGAUUAAUGCAACCUCAAACUUUAGAAAUGGAGAAUACCAAUCUAACAACAUUUCCUAUAAUUGAUGACACAAAUAAGUUUAUCAAUUUCACACCAACAUACAUUCGAGCUCCAUCACUUAACACUCCUUCACCAAAUCUUAAUCGUGAUGUGGUGAAUAAUUAUGGAUAUUCACCACAGACUGCUGUACGUCAUUUUGGACAAGGUGAAAUGCAUUCAUUUCCACAGUAUUUAAUACGAAUGCAGCAUCCGCAUGUUAUAUACGACGAUGUUGCCGCAGGAACAUCAAGUAUUGUGGGGUCAUUGAGUCAUAGUCCAAAUGGUAGCAUUAUGGACACUACUGGUUUGCAGACUCAUUUGGCUCAACUUCAAAACAUCAACGUAGCUAGACAAAGUAAUACAAUACAGCCAACCAAUUCAAGUUUCACUAAUCUCAUAAAUAUAUCUCCGGAUUCUAAUGUUCAGGGUAAUUAUAUAUCACUUCAACCCACAAUAAGCCAUAAAUCAUCAGAUGAAAAGAUUACCAAUUCGAUUACUUCACCAAUCCCAGUAUUAGUAUCUACAUCGACUUCACUUUCUAACUCAGGUCGAAUUCCCUCAAAUACGUCUGCUAUCCCAAGUAUUUCAUUGUCAACAGCCGGAAGUUGUGCUGAUUCUGAACAGACGGUACAUAAUUCAAAUAUAAAUCCACCUUCAACGUCUUCUCCGUCAGUCAGCUGACUGAUAACAAAUACGACAGACAACUGAUUCUUGUUCAUUUGGAUUUAACAAUGAUUGACAAGUAAAUAAGAAAUAAUCAUUAGUCUACAGUGAUCUUAACAAAAAGAGACCUUUUUGCAUUAUACGAAUCCACAUAUCAAAGAAUCUGAUAUAUGUACCAUACAUACGUUCAAUGUUUGCAUAAGAUUAUUGUUAUUGAAAUGAGAAUAUGCGAUAGUUGUUAUUACUUUUGUGUAAUCACGUUUUAUCGAAAACAUAUUAAAAGUUGACUUUAGAAGCUUGCUUAUAGACACUAUUGUGCAUACACCAAUGAUCUAUCUUUAAAAAAUGGAAAUGAAAGACGUUAGUCUCUUUCCUCUUACUUAAA